AUGGCUGCCCCAGCAAUUAGGGUGGCUCCCUCAGCUGCCAAUCGCGCCCUGAAUCUCCUACGCACCGUGCAAUUCACACACCCACCAAACUGUCCCUGCCAUCGCAACCCGAACUUCCACCACCAGCAGACACCCUCGCUCAUGACCCAUGUCAAGCGCCACCUGGCAACCCCGGUGGAUCCGGCCCGUGAGAAGGAAUAUGCCUUCGAGAUGGCUGCGUCGAGUAUCCGAUUCGGACCUGGCUCGACCAAAGAGGUGGGAAUGGACUUUGCGAAUAUGGGUGCGAAGCGGGUCUGCGUCGUGACCGACUCCAAUGUCACCAAGCUUGAUGCUAUGAAGCAGGCCAUUGAGGGUCUAACUAGAAAUGGCAUUGAGUUUACGAUCUUCGACAAGGUUCGCACUGAGCCGAAGGACAGCUCGAUCAAGGAAGCCAUUGCGUUCGCCAAACCCUACAACCCUGAUGCCUUCCUUGCUAUUGGCGGUGGCUCUGUCAUCGAUACAGCAAAGCUAAUGAACCUAUACAAUGCCUACCCCGACGCCGACUUCCUAGACUUCGUUAAUGCGCCACUGGGCAAGGGCCGCCCUGUCGAUAGAAAACUACUCCCCCUAGUUGCAGUCCCGACUACAGCAGGAACGGGCUCCGAAACAACCGGCACAGCGAUCUUCGACCUAGUCUCCAAGAAAGCCAAAACCGGCAUCGCACACCGCAACCUUAAGCCCACACUCGGAAUCUGCGACCCCCUUAACACCCGCACUAUGCCCUCAGCCGUGCAUGCUGCCUCGGGCUUAGACGUACUUUGCCACUCGCUCGAAUCCUGGACUGCAAUCCCAUACAACGAACGCACUCCCCGCCCCACAAACCCAAUCAAUCGCCCAGCAUACCAAGGCGCAAACCCUAUCUCAGAUAUCUUCUCCCUGGAAGCCCUCCGCAGCACAGUCAAGUACCUGCCUCGCGCAGUUAAAGACCCCGAAGAUAGCGAAGCGCAAUCUAAUAUGCUCCUCGCCGCUACACUGGCUGGCGUCGGCUUCGGUAAUGCAGGCGUACACCUAUGCCACGGCAUGAGCUACCCUAUCUCCAGCCAGAAUCCGGGCUACCAGCAUAAGGGUUACCAGGUUGACCACCCCAUCAUUCCGCACGGUGUUUCCGUUGCCGUUACCGCGCCAGCCGUCUUCCGCUUCACGGCGGCGUCGAACCCUGAUCGUCAUUUGGCUGCUGCUGAGGCCUUUGGGGUAGAUAUUUCGACUGUCAAGCGUGAGAGUGCAGGUGAGGUUCUUGGUAAUGCUAUCGCGGAGUUUUUAGUUAAGUUGGGUGACCAGCCGCGUGGGUUGAAGGAUUUGGGCUUUAAGGGUUCGGAUUUGGAGGGUCUCGUUGAGGGGACUAUUCCCCAGCAACGCGUGCUGAUGCUGGCGCCGAAUCUGAGUGAGGACAUUGAGGCUGAGAGGGGAGAGUUGAGGAAGCUUUUGGAGGAGUCUUUAGACUAUUGA